CCCGAGUUCCUGGUUUUUCCAAUUGUAGUCUGGAAUCUAUGAAGCGAAUCAAUGACCAAUGUCUAUACAACAAACCAAUGGUGCUGCGCCCUCAGUGCGGUAAUGGAAUACAAGAAGGAGAUGAAGAGUGUGAUUGUGGAACUCCAGAGAUGUGCAAAAUUAAAGAUCCCUGCUGUCAGCCACAUGCAUGUAAACUGAAGCCCUCGGCUGUUUGUAGUGACUUACAUCAUUCUUGCUGCAAGGAUUGCCAGUACAAAAGACAAGGAACUCUUUGUAGACCUGCCCAAACAGACUGUGAUGUACCCGAGUACUGUCCAGGGAAUGCCAGAGAUUGCCCCGCCAACAGCUACAUUCAAAAUGGAACACCAUGUAACCAAACCCAAAAGUUGUUUGUAGGUAACUCAAAUAGAAACAGUGUCGUGACGAGAAGCUUGUCUCCACGCAUAGAGGCUCGUUAUGUUCGAAUAAACCCGCAGUACUGGUAUCGGUGGAUUUGCAUGCGAGCUGAGCUCUAUGGAUGUAACGCUAAUGAAGUCAAUCCAACUACCCCUACUCCAAUCAAGCCAUACACCGACCACUGCGUUGUACCGAAAAAUGAAACGCUGAUUCCACAUGAAAACAGCAAAAUUGUCUUUAAGUCGGGAAGACUAUGUAAGGAAAAGUACAUGGACUUCAGAUUAGACGCAAAUGGAGUCCUUUGGCAUCACAGCAGUGGAAGAAGAGUGUGCCCAGAAAAUGGAGGAACGAGCAACGGUGUAAGACUBGUGAUAAGUAGCUCCUGUACAGACGAAGGGUCCAAAUUCAUAAGAACGCCAAAACACUCACUCAAGCAUGUAAAGUCAGGUAAAUGUGUCCAUCCAAAGGGCGGUUCGCCGGGUAACAACCGCCAGCUACUGAUAUAUGGCGGCUGCGAUGCAACGAGAUUGGAGCUGUUCUUUAUGAAACCAGAUUGCAUAAUGCCGCUUGGUUUGUCAACUCAAGAAAUCCCUGAUGAACAGAUAACAGCUUCGUCUUCGCGUGGGAGUGAUUCGCCACAUUUUGGUCGACUACACAAUGGCAAAUAUUGGUGCGCUGCCCAAAAAAAGAACACAGAAUAUCUUCAGGUUGACUUGGGAAAGGUUCAAACUAUUAACAAAAUAGGUACCCAAGGUCGGAGAAACUGGAACGAUUGGGUUACCGGUUAUUUCCUGGAAUACAGUCAGGAUGGGAAAAGAUGGACGAAAUACAGUGAAAGUGGCAACAGUGUAACUUCGAAUUCUUAUUGCUUCUCGGGAAAAUGCGCAGAGACUAGAGACACUCAGUGUAGAGAUCUAUGGGGGCCUGACAGUAACAAUGCUAAUCAAGGAUGUUAUGAUAAACUCAACACGGAAGCUAAAGGCUUCGGCACUUGUGAUCCAGUAUCUAACUCUUCCUGCGCAGCGAGCGAUGUUCACUGUGGUCAGAUACAGUGUUUGUCAAGCAGAAACAGCCCUGUAGUAGACUACGGAAAAACGUACCAAAAGUUCACGCUUGAUGCCUCUACUCAAUGCAGUGCGGCUGUUCUUAAAACUAACUCUGACUUCCUUGGUCUUGGUAUGGUCAACGAUGGUACGAAGUGCGGCGACCAAAAGAUGUGUAGCAACUACGAGUGCAAGUCGUUCGCAGAGCUGAACAUUAAAGCUUGCCCCACGACCAAUGGCAAAGAGUGUAAUGGGCAAGGAGUGUGUACAAACACAGGCGUAUGUCAUUGUGAUGCUGGAUAUGAUCCCGCUUCAGCAUGCGUCAAUGCUCUGAUACCACGUGAUGGUGGGUAUGGCGCGUGGUCUGCUUGGUCCACGUGCACUGCAGGGUGUAACGGAGGCACACAAAAUCGACAUCGAUUCUGUAAUAAUCCAUUCCCAACGCACGGCGGCAAAGAUUGUCAAGGAGAAAGACAGCAACAGCGUGAUUGCAACACGGAUGCUUGUCCACGUGCUCAUUCUUGUCGUCAACUCCAGAAAAUUGCAACGACAGAAAACAAGUAUAUUCCUGACGGAGUAUACGCGAUUUACCCCUAUGGCGUUGAUAAAGAUCCAAUCAAAACCUACUGUGACAUGUCACGUGAUGGUGGUGGAUGGACGCUAUUGGUCACAAGCCACACCAAUAGUUGGACGUCCCAAAAUGUGAGACUAAGGAACCAAGAUUCUCCAUCUUUGACAAGCGAUUAUUCAAUCCUAAACUAUGCUGAUGAUAUCAAGAACAAUUUAAAUGUCGUUGGUUCAAAAUUUGAGUAUCGCUUAGAAGCGCAAAGCAGAGGACGAUGGGGUGGAAUAUGGGAAGCUGAUCGAUCCUACACCUUCACGGCAGCUACUAAUGGACAAACAAAUGUCCAACUGAUAAAGAAAUUUGAUAACUGGAAUUAUGCCAAUAAUGGAAUAGAGAAACGAAUGCCUUGGAUCUCAGGAGCAAAGCUGACUACAUCUGCGGAUGCUAAUUCGAAUUGGUGGGGUACAAUAACGGGGAAUGAAAAAAACUACCAUCCUGCACCAUGGAUCAGGGGACAUUUGAUGGAACAACAGCCCGAAUAUAUUUGGUACUGGGUGCGUGAAGGACCAUGGGAGUUACCAAGAUCUUGUAUGGAAGUACAGAUGAGAGGUCUACAAACGACUCCGCAAAAAGAUGGAGUUUACUCAAUCAAGCCUCCUGGUAAGAAAGAAGUGAAGACCUACUGUGACCUGACAAGUCAAGGUGGUGGAUGGACAUUACUAGUAACGAGUAAAACACACACAGGAUGGUCAGUGGACAAUGUGAAAAACAGAAAUUCCAACCAACCGUCACUAGACGCUGAUUACUCUAUCCUUGAGUUUGCAGAUGCCAUCAAGGAUUUCGAUGUCUCUCAAGAUUCCUUUCAGUAUCGUAUCGAAGCUGAUGGCUCCAGCCAGUAUGGUGGCAUCUUCGUUGCACCAAGGGAGUACACAUUUAUCUCAACUUGUGACAAGCAAACAAAUGUUAAAAUGGUCGAGAAUUUCAAUGGCAUUGACAAAAAUACAAAUCUAGUGAGACGAAUGCCAAGACUCGCGCUGUCAGCCAACAUCUUCUUGAGUUCAGGCUCAAUUGCAAAUGACCCAUCUGGGUCCAUUAUUUACGCCGAUGGAUCAGCAGAAUCACCAUCAUAUUUACCAGACGUAAAGCCAAACCCUGGAGUUGUCAGAUAUUGGAUGAGGGAAGGAACAAGACGUUCUUGCAAUGAUAUCAAGGUCCAUGGCACGAGAUUGUCAAGAAAGUAUGAAGAUGAUUAUUACAUGAUACGUCUUGUCAACGACUCCACGUACUUUCCUGUAUUCUGUGACAUGACGUCAGAUCUUGGUGCAUUUACUUUGGUGGUUACAAGUCGCCAUAACAGCUGGACACGUGACCAAGUACCAGCCAGAAACGUAUACCGACCAUCAACCUCAGAUGAUUACUCAAUCCUAAAGUACGCAGACCUGAUCAAAAACUUGGGACAUAACACCACAUUCAAGUACAAAUUAGAUGCAAACCAGCGCGGACACUGGGGAGGAGUGUGGAGUGCACCACGUGACUACAGCUUUAUGUUCACCUCUACUUCACAAACACAAGUAACCCUACUUCAGAAAUUCGAUGCAUGGACAUUAUCCUGGUGGAGAACAGUGCAGAAUAGGAUGCCAUGGUUUGAUGCCAACGGGCAAUCCAACAAGGCCCUUCUGACAACUUCUAGCAGCACCACCUAUUACCCAGCUGGGUCCAUUAUUUGGGGUGGCACGGAUAGACACCCAGCAGAGUGGAUACGUGACGGAGGCAUGAUGAAUCCUGGGGUCAUUUGGUAUUGGGUUAAUGAAGAUGACUGUGACUUGGACAGACAGCCUGUUGAUGGUGGCCUUUCCGAAUGGGGAGCUUGGGAGAAAUGUGACAAACUUUGUGCAGAUGGCAAACAAGUUCGCCGUAGGACUUGUACCAACCCCGAACCCAGAUGCGGAGGUCUUCAGUGCAGUGCAUCGAAGAAGACAGUGGAGGAAAAACCUUGUUACACGUGCCCAGAAAGUCCUAUUCGGAGCUACGGUGGAUAUUGCGUUCAGCCCAAGAGCGGUGACUGCGACCCUAAAGAAAACACAACCUCGUGGAGCCACGCCCUAGUUUUUAGAAGAGUCGAUGUGAAUUGCUCUGCCGAUUACAUGAACUUCGUUUUUGACGCGGAUGGCAUGAUUUAUCACAAAUGCAGUGGGAAAAUCGUCUGUCCUGAUGGGAACUCGGUUAAUUACAACAGGAAACUGCUUCUGAAAGACUCGUGUCCUCAGGAUGUCUCUAUGCACAGAAGGUUACUGUGUUCAUCCACUGGGUGGAUGGCCAGAUGAAAACAGGUACCUCAUAUACUACUCUGGAUGCAACAAGGCGAGACUUUCGUUGGAUUUCUUCAAGCUUCCACUACCGCCAUAAAGAAAAAAAACGGUUCCUCGCAUACCAUUCAUUGUAUAACUAUYAUAGUAUAAAUUAGUGCAGAUUGGGGAUUAAUCUGACAAACUGGAUUCAAUAAAUUAAGCUGCAUCUAA